AGUCACUUUUUGAAAGAACACCUUAACUUAACAUGCUUUCUUGGUUCCGAGAAUUUCUCUCAAAAUGGCUUACCAACUAUUUUCGCGAUCAAAAGAAAACUUUUGUAAUAAUUGGUUUAGACUACGCUGGUAAGACUACUCUGACAGGGAAAAUAAAGACUGGGAGAAUGAUUGCUGCAAAUCCAAGUCUCCGACCUAACUUAGAGGAGCUGCGACUUGGGCAAUUGACAUUUACCGUGUAUGAUCUUGGAGGACACAAGCUAGUUCGAAGGGUUUGGAGGGAAUACUGUUAUGCCGCGGAUGGUAUAAUAUUUGUUUUGGAUGCCGCUGAUAAAGAGCGCAUGAAUGAAGCAAAAAGCGAACUACAUAAUAUACUAAAUGAUGAGGAAUUUUCCACUAUUCCAAUUUUAAUUCUUGGUAAUAAAAUAGAUAUUGUGGAUGCUAUGGGACGCGAAGAACUAAUCGGUUGUUUGAAUAUAUACAAAAAUAUAUUCCAGGAGGGAGAAAAAGGCGUGUCCAGACCAAUUGAAAUCUUUUCUUGCAGUACAAAGUUAGAUCAGGGUUACGGAGCGGGUAUUCGAUGGCUUGCUAAACAAGUGACAUAA